UUCAAAUUUCUCGUCCUCAAUUGUUUUCCAGAGUCGUCGUUGAGAUGUCAGAAGUGGAAGAAAUCAAGCAAAAAUUGAAACUCACUCCACUUCCAUUGGAAGGUGGGUUCAUCCGGGAAUUGCGUAUAAUCCUAACCAGUGGUCAAAGUCCAUUAGAGGGUCAAGAAGAACAGGAGGAUCCAAGUGAUUUGAGUUCCUCUUCAAUCUAUUACCUUCUUCAUGGAACAGAGAUCUCUAAAUGGCACCGAACCAUUGGGAUCGACGAGUACUUCGUGUGGAACAAAGGCACAACAUCUAUGAUCCUGCACGAGAUCGAUCUCAACAACUGCUACAAGAGAACCAUCUUGGGCGAUCCCUUUUUGGUUCCAGGCGCAGUUUUUCAAUAUUUGAUCAAAGCAAAUCAUUGGAUGACUGCCGAGCUCGAAAGAAGAUUGGAAGAUGAUUAUUGCCUGAUAUCUUGUGUAACCGCACCAGCUUUUCAAUGGAGUCACUUUGAGACCCUCUCCAAAGACGGGAAAGGUGCAGAAUUGCGAAAAUGUUGCCCCGAAAUUCCAUUUGACGAUCGAUAUUUCACUCCUGCCUCGGGCUUAAAGGAGCUCAACACCCCUGGAGUGUCUCUUUAACAUGUAUCCUUACCUCGGCUCAGAAUAGAAAUGGAAUGGAACGUA